UUUGUGGUGCUUUUACGGUGGUGAACUUGCUUCUGCAAUCUCAGCUUUUAUCUAGCGUUCAGAACGUCGUUCAGGUUAUAGAUAACUGCUGAAGAAUCGGUGCGCGGAGUGACACAGCACGCAAAGAGACCGGAAAGGCUGGUGGUUCAAGAUGGUGGCUGUAAAACGCAUCCUUGACGAUUGAUUAGCUUUCGGGCCCGACAUGGAACCGGGGACGGACGACUUCCUACCGCCGCCAGAGUGUCCGGUGUUCGAGCCCAGUUGGGCAGAAUUUCGAGACCCCCUUGGCUACAUCGCGAAAAUCAGGCCCAUUGCCGAGAAGUCCGGCAUUUGCAAGAUUCGCCCACCCGCGGACUGGCAGCCUCCCUUUGCAGUAGAAGUUGACAACUUCAAAUUUACUCCACGCAUCCAGAGGCUAAAUGAACUAGAGGCUCAGACCAGAGUGAAACUGAAUUAUUUGGACCAGAUUGCAAAAUUCUGGGAAAUUCAAGGUUCUUCUUUAAAAAUUCCCAAUGUGGAGCGGAGGAUCUUGGACCUCUACAGUCUUAGUAAGAUUGUGAUGGAGGAAGGUGGCUAUGAAGCCAUCUGUAAGGACCGACGAUGGGCCCGAGUUGCCCAGCGCCUCAGCUACCCACCAGGCAAAAACAUUGGCUCCCUGCUACGAUCUCACUAUGAACGUAUCAUUUAUCCUUAUGAAAUGUUUCAGUCUGGAGCUAACCUUGUGCAGUGUAACACUCAGCCAUUUGACAGUGAGGAAAAAGACAAGGAAUACAAACCUCACAGCAUUCCCCUUAGACAGUCUGUGCAGCCUUCCAAGUUCAGCAGCUAUAGUCGGCGGGCAAAAAGACUACAGCCUGAUCCAGAACCCACAGAAGAAGACAUUGAGAAAAACCCAGAGCUGAAGAAGCUACAAAUCUAUGGGGCAGGUCCCAAGAUGAUGGGCUUGGGCCUCGUAGCCAAGGAUAAGACUUUACGGAAGAAAGGUUUGUUUCUGACUCUCCUAGAUAAAGAAGGGGUCGUAUGCCCCUCCACUGUUACAAUGAAGGAGGAACCGAGUGGGAACUGGAAAGUGAUGUCAGCACUGCCCAAGGAGGAUUCGAGUAACAGCCUAGAGCCCUGCACCAAUAUGACCAUGCGGCUGCGGAAGAAUCAAAGCAAUACCCAGUUUAUUGACUCAUAUGUUUGCCGAAUGUGCUCUAGAGGGGAUGAAGAUGAUAAACUUCUUCUUUGUGAUGGCUGUAAUGACAAUUAUCACAUCUUUUGCCUAUUGCCACCCCUUCCUGAAAUCCCCAGAGGGGUCUGGAGGUGCCCAAAGUGUAUCAUGGCGGAGUGUAAGAAACCCCCGGAAGCCUUUGGCUUUGAGCAGGCUACCCAGGAGUACACUUUGCAGAGCUUUGGUGAAAUGGCUGAUUCCUUCAAGGUGGACUACUUCAACAUGCCUGUUCAUAUGGUACCUACGGAACUUGUGGAGAAGGAAUUCUGGAGGCUGGUGAGCAGCAUUGAGGAGGAUGUGACAGUUGAGUAUGGAGCAGACAUUCAUUCCAAGGAAUUUGGCAGUGGUUUUCCUGUCAGCAGUAGCAAAGGAAACCUGUCCCCUGAGGAGGAGGAGUACGCAAACAGUGGAUGGAACCUGAAUGUGAUGCCAGUGCUGGAUCAGUCUGUUCUUUGCCACAUUAAUGCAGAUAUCUCAGGCAUGAAGGUUCCCUGGCUCUAUGUAGGCAUGGUAUUCUCAGCAUUUUGUUGGCAUAUUGAGGAUCACUGGAGUUACUCCAUUAACUACCUACACUGGGGUGAGCCGAAGACAUGGUAUGGUGUACCCUCACUGGCAGCAGAGCAUUUGGAGGAGGUGAUGAAGAGGCUAACACCUGAGCUCUUUGAUAGCCAACCUGACCUCCUACACCAGCUCGUCACCCUCAUGAAUCCCAACACCCUCAUGUCUCAUGGUGUGCCAGUUGUGCGCACAAAUCAGUGUGCAGGAGAAUUUGUCAUCACUUUCCCUCGAGCUUACCACAGCGGCUUUAACCAAGGCUACAACUUUGCAGAGGCUGUCAACUUUUGUACUGCUGACUGGCUGCCUGCUGGACGCCAGUGCAUCGAACACUACCGCCGACUUCGGCGCUACUGUGUCUUCUCCCAUGAGGAGCUCAUAUGCAAAAUGGCUGCCUUUCCAGAGAAGUUAGACUUGAACCUGGCUGUGGCUGUGUACAAGGAGAUGUUCAUUAUGGUGCAGGAGGAGCGACGUUUACGAAAGUCCCUAUUGGACAAGGGCAUCACGGAGGCUGAGCGAGAGGCUUUCGAGCUGCUCCCAGAUGAUGAACGCCAGUGCAUCAAGUGCAAGACGACAUGCUUCCUAUCAGCCCUGGCCUGCUAUGACUGCCCAGAUGGCCUUGUCUGCCUUUCCCACAUCAAUGACCUCUGCAAGUGUUCCAGUAGCCGGCAGUACCUGCGGUAUCGUUACACCUUGGAUGAGCUCCCCGCCAUGCUACAUAAGCUGAAGGUUCGGGCCAAGUCCUUUGACACCUGGGCUAACAAAGUGCGAGUGGCCCUAGAGGUAGAGGAUGGCCGGAAGCGGAGCUUUGAAGAGCUAAGGGCACUGGAGUCUGAGGCCCGUGAAAGAAGGUUCCCUAACAGUGAGCUGCUUCAGCGAUUGACGAACUGCCUGAAUGAAGCAGAGGCUUGUGUCUCCCAAGUCUUGGGUCUGGUCAGUGGCCAAGAGGUCAGGAUUGAAACACCACAACUGACCCUGACUGAGCUCCGGGUCCUUCUUGAGCAGAUGGGCAGCCUCCCCUGUGCCAUGCGUCAGAUGAGGGAUGUUAAGGAUUUCCUGCAGCAGGUGGAGGACUACCAAGCUGAGGCCCGGGAAGCCCUGGCCUCACUGCCACCCAGUCUGGGGCAACUGCGGUCCCUGUUGGAAAGGGGGCAGCAGCUGGGUGUGGAAGUGCCUGAAGCCCGUCAGCUCCAGCAGCAAGUGGAGCAAGCACGAUGGCUAGAUGAAGUAAAGCAAGCACUGGACCCUUCGGCCCAAAGGGGCUCCCUGGUCAUCAUGCAGGGGCUGUUGGUUACAGGUGCCAAAGUAGCUUCCAGCCCUUUUGUGGACAAGGCCCGUGCUGAGCUUCAGGAGCUGCUGACCAUUGCAGAGCGCUGGGAAGAAAAGGCUCAUUUCUGCUUGGAGGCCAGGCAGAAGCAUCCACUAGCUACACUGGAAGCCAUAAUUCGUGAGGCAGAAAACAUCCCUGUUCACCUACCUAACAUCCAGGCACUCAAAGAGGCUCUGACCAAGGCACAGGCUUGGAUUGCUGAUGUGGAUGAGAUUCAAAAUGGUGACCACUACCCAUGCUUGGAUGAUUUGGAGGGCUUGGUAGCUGUGGGCCGGGACCUACCGGUAGGGCUGGAAGAGCUGAAACAGCUAGAGUUGCAGGUACUGACAGCACACUCCUGGAGAGAGAAGGCUUCCAAGAUGUUCCUGAAGAAGAAUUCAUGCUACACAUUGCUGGAGGUGCUUUGCCCAUGUGCAGACACUGGUUCAGACAGGACCAAGCGCAGCUGGUGGAUGGAGAAGGAGGUGGGGUUAUAUAAAUCUGAUACAGAGCUGCUGGGACUUUCUGCGAAGGACCUCAGGGACCCAGGCUCCGUGAUUAUGGCCUUCAAGGAGGGGGAACAGAAGGAGAAGGAGGGAAUCCUGCAGCUUCGUCACACCAACUCCGCCAAGCUCAGUCCAUCAACCACAACCUCCAUUUGUGUGUGUGGACAGAUGCCAGCCGGGGUGGAAGCUCUACAGUGUGACCUAUGUCAGGACUGGUUCCACGGGCGAUGUGUGUCAGUACCCCGCCUCUUCAGCUCCCCAAGACCCAGUGCCACCUCAUCACCACUGCUGGCCUGGUGGGAGUGGGACACCAAAUUCUUGUGUCCACUGUGCAUGCGCUCACGGCGCCCACGCCUGGAGACAAUACUGGCACUGCUGGUAGCACUGCAGAGACUGCCUGUGCGGCUGCCUGAGGGUGAGGCCCUACAGUGCCUCACAGAGAGGGCCAUUGGGUGGCAAGGCCGUGCCAGAGAAGCUCUGGCGUCUAAGGAUGUGACUGCUCUUUUGGAACGGCUGGCUGAGCUUCGCCAGCGGCUGCAGCUUGAACCCACACCCAAGGAUCCCCAUACCUGCUCUUCAGCUGCUGUCUCUGACCCUCUCAGAGAAGGCAAUGGCAAGAUGACCAAGGUCCAAGGGUUGCUGGAGAACAGAGACAGUGUAAGCAGUCCUGAGAAGGUAGCUGCUGGGUAUGACUCGUAUAAGACAGACUUGGAACAGCUCUCCUCAGUACUGCCCCAGUUGAUUGGCCCCGUAUUGGAACUGCCUGAGGCAACUAGGGCCCCCCUGGAGGAGCUCAUGUUGGAGGGGGAUCUCCUUGAGGUGACUCUGGAUGAGAACCACAGCAUCUGGCAGCUGUUGCAAGCUGGGCAGCCUCCAGACCUAGCACGGAUCCGCACGCUUCUGGAGCUGGAGAAGCCUGAGCAUCAAGGAAGUCGGAUAAGGGGCCAGGUACUUGAGAAGCGACGGCGGCGGCAGCGGAAAGUAGAUCUGGGUAGAAAGAGUGAAUGUAUUGUUCAAGAAGAGCUGGAGUCUAAAAAGGCCCGGAGUUCACAGAUCAAGCCUGAGGAGGGCCAAGAGGAAGAAGAGUUUGAGGAGGGAACAGAUUGUGAAAAUACAUUCAUGACACCUCCUGCAGAGCAUAACCCUAUCUUGAAAGGGAACCAAAAUAACUUACAAGAGAAGGAUUCAGCUGCUACAACACCAUUUCCUUCUUUAACACCUUUGGUACACUUGUCGUACCCUGAGCAGCAAGAGUUGUGACAAUAACACAAAAGAUUUUUAUUUAAUACCACUGCCUCCUGGACCUUUGUAGGUCCUAUACCUUCUUUUCUAUCUAGGAUUUGUCACUUCAGACAGUUCUUAAAUCCUAACUCCUAAAGGUCAUGUUUUUUAAGCUCUGUCCCUACGGAUAGCACCUUUUCCCAGCAACAUUACUGUGACUAGCAUACAGGGAGAUAUUUCCUAAGCCACUUUUUUUCCUAGACUGGUGCAAAUAAAACUUGAG